ACUCGGAGAAAUGGUGUUAACUCAAGAGUUAAGUUUCUCCUAUUCUGCAGAAUGUAUUCCUUCACCGACCCUGAUUCAGACCCUGACUGGGGAAUCAGGUUCGGUUCAACUAUAUUACAAGGAGAAAGUUUCCAGAAAAUCAGUUCUCCAGGAGAAGGCUUUUACUCCGGUCAAGGUUCAGUCCGUUCGACUACCAAGCUCUAGUGUUGAUCUCGAUAUUACUGGAAGUCCUCUCAAGGCUGGGUUUGAUCCCAACGAAGUGUUUGACGACUCAAUUGAUGAUCUGAAUGUUGUGCGCAAAACAUCAAAAUCUCCUGUUCACAGUGGAUUGCCGGUGAAGUUUAGUAGAAUCCUUCUGAGCAGGAUAAACGUAAACCCAACCCUCUCCUCAUCCGGUAGUAACUAUAUCCUCUGCAGUUCAGAGGAUAAAUCCAACCUACUCUAUCUGGGAAACAAGAUAGAGAACGGAAACCUCACACAUGUCUCCAAAACCAGGUGGGAGGGUCCUCUACCCUGUAAAUCUAUGUCCGGAGCCCUUGAAUCCUUUAAUAAGAAUCAUUCCGCGGCAGCAGGACGGAGUAGAAUCCAGGUUCAGAGCAGAGCUGAAUAUCUGCUCACAGGAGAGGAGGGAGAUAGUUUUCUCAUCCUGGAUUGUACAUGGGAAAGAUCUGGCUCUUUUCUAGAAUCUCCUCCUCCUGAUGCCCUCUCUAAGCUUAAGGUUUGCCUGGUACCCGGAGAUCGAAGAUUCGCCUGUGACAACCAGAACAGUGAUAUUGAGCAGCUGGAAGGACUGGUUUCAGGGCUAGCCGGAGAAGGAUUGGUGUGGAGUGGAAGGGGUGGAGAUACUUCUCUUGAGGAAGAGGUUCUGGAGGUUCUUGAGUCGUCCCGUAAACUUAAACCGUCUCCAGGUCCCCAGGAUGAGGAGUCCGAGAACGUUCUUUCCUUGCAAAGCAGACAAGACGUUGAUAUCACUGAUAUGCUUUGGACAGUUCUCUCCCGCUCCGAGUCAUUCGCAGAGCUCACAGACCUACUUACACUCGUUUUUGAAACCGUGCUCCGGGAGGAGAUCCGUCCCUUUAUCUACUCCGGCAACCGAAGCGGGAUGGCCGGAAUGCUCCGGGACGUUGUACGAUCAGGAACGAUCCCCGAUCUCUCCGGAUCCAAACCCCUCAGUCUACUCAUAGAAAUGGGGAUUGAGAAACUGAAACGGGAUUCAAGUCACUUUCUUCUAUCCUCCGACCUGGCCACUAAAGAAUCCCUAGAUCCUUACCUCUCCGGAGAAUCAUUGACUGAAUCCGUAGAUCUGAUCAAACGUCUCCAUCUUGUGGUUGAGUUAGCGUUUGCCUGUCAAACCUAUGUCAAUCUUCCGUCCUCGUCGUUGAAAACAUUAGUUCACUCAGCGCUACUUCAACUCAGAAAGGUUGAAGCCAUGAACAAGGUUCAACUGGAGUUCCCGAUCCAAACUUCAGACGUCAAGAAUCAGUUAGAGAAUGGCAAGGCUGGUUUCUGGCAAAUUAAACUGGAAAGUGAAGACGUGACAAGUGUAGCUCAGCUCCAGAUAGAGAAACCAAGUGAGAUUCAUCCCGCUCCGACCGGAUCCGUCCUGGAAGACGAACUUGAACCUGAGUACUACAUUAUAUACCAUACUCUUAUCAAGCAGGAUGUGUAGUUCGUAUAAUAAACCUGAUAAAAUUGUGAUAAAAAAUAACUAAUACGCUUAGAAAUAUUUUACGUACAUAGUGUCCCAAUCCCGAAUAAGGAACCAUUUGAAUUUUUUUGUGAAAGAAACCCCAGAUUGUUGUAUAAAAAUGUUAGCGCCGAAUGGUUUUAGAUUUUAAAAAUUGAAAUCCAUAUAAAGUAUAACUCGACCCCCACCCCCCUAAAACCUAAAUUGGAGCCGUUUGGUUACGUGGUCAGAUUAUCUAUCUAUCUUAAGCCUCAAUACACUGACAAAAGUGGUCAGUCAACUCCAUUUUAUAGAGGCUCUCAUAAAUCACGUUCUUUUAAUAAUGCUUUUUUCAAAAUAUAUGACCGUCACUUGGACUUCAAAUUCAAUUAAAUAUAUUGAAUAAUAAUAUCCUAUUUAACUAUUAAAUUGAAUGUUAAAAAAAGUUAAUAUUUCUGAUUAUUUUCCCAAAUAUACUUUUAGCCUAGAAUAUUUAAUAUAAAAGCAAUUUGUCCUUUGCAUAUAUUUUUUUAAAUUUAAUUUUUCGACUAAUAGAAUUUAUUAUUUCCAAAUUUUAGUGUCGAAUUAAUGAAUUGUACAACGAGAAGCAGAAAACUUUAAAAAAGAAAGACGAUUAAAUUUAUGUUACAAAGCAAAUGGUUUUACUAGCGACUUAUUAAUUCACUUAUUCCGUAAAAUAAAUUUGUUUAUAUUACACAAUUAUUGUGUCUUAUGUUUAUUGGACUAUUUGAAGUCAUAACUUCAGUCUACAAGUCGUCUUUCAUGUCUGGGGUUUUCUGGUUGUAUAUACCAUAAAUGAGUGUUAAAAGUGUAAAUGAUAGAUAUUGUAAAUCAACAUGAAUUGAUAUAUGAUUAAUAUUACAGAA